UCCAACGGCACUGUGCUACCACCAAAGACGAAGCCUGCGUUAUCUGUUGUUUCCUGUUUUCCAUAGUCAGAGUUAUUACAGUUUUAUUCAUAAUUGUUUGUAUAUGAAUCGCCAAUUAUAUAGUAAUGUUCCUUCUUCAGAGUAUUUAUGAACACUAAAAGAGUUCUCCUCAGUUGUACUGUAAUCUCGCUGCAGGACACUCGCUUUGUGUAUCCGUGCUGUAAAUACUGUCUGUCCAGAUUAACAGAGGAGUCUAAUUUAAGAAGCCGGUGUCACAAGUGUGGCUUCACAUGUGAUACACAAAACGUGGACUACAGAUUCAGGCUGUCACUAAAAGUGUCUCGAGAUACAAGUCUGUUUGGAGUGACGGUUUUUGGAGGUUCUCUGAAUCCUUUUUUUGGUAUUACUGCUAGCGGUUUACAGAGAUUUGUAGAGUCAGAAAAGUUCGAAGGACCACAGAGUUUACACCAGCUUCUAAUCAAAGCCGUGGAGGAUUGCUUUAUUGGAAAAUGUUUCGUUUUUGGAUUUAAGCUUUCUGGCCGUGAUGCAGAGAGCUGUUUACUUGGCGAACACAUUGCUGAAUCAGUGCGGUUCGUGGCCUGUCAAGUCAUUCCUCAUGGAGCUUUUCUGGGCGUCACUGUUUUUGCAUACUUGCAAAACCUUAUGCAGGCAAAUUCUCGCUCAGACGGUUCUGCAAAAGCUGGGUGUCAGAGGCAGCAGAACGAUUCCCCGGUGAGCAGCUUUGACCACACUCUGCCCCUAUGUCAGAACUCAUGCUCCGAAAGCAGCAGUGACACAUCAGCACUCUCUCAUCCAUGGCAUUCACUGUCAGACCUGGUUUUAUGCUUCUCUCCAGAGGAAACAAGAGGAUGCUCUUUAACAGAGGUUUCAGUGGAUGAUGAAUCACAAGAGCCUUUGACCUUGCAGUGGUCAAGUGGUGUGCAAGGAGCCAAAUCCUGUCCCUUCAAGUCUUCUGAAUCAAAACAUAGAGAGCAUAACAGACUCUCUACCUCACACGAGUCUUCGCUUAAUGCUUCAUCUACGUCCCCUGUAAAAACCGCACCCUGUGAUCGUGAAUCGAAAAGCAUAUCUUUUAUUCAUUGGGCUUCAAAAGACUGUCUUAGCCAAUGUGAUGCAGCUUUUCCUGAAAAGCCACUUUUCAAUCACACCAGUUUUGCUUUAGAGGAUGCACCUCUGUCAGAAACCUUAGGAGAUUUUGUCAGCAUAGAGCCACAGAUUGUUAAACGGAAAGUACUGAGUUCCACCAGUAAAAGAGACCAAGCCACACCUGAAAACAGAGUUUGGCUUGAAAAUGAUACAAUUCCCAGGUAUACCACUGAGAUCCAAUCACUGCACUCUUCCUUUGCUGUUCUCACACCAUUGCGUGAUGUUACUAAUGAUGAGAAGUCACAAAGAAAGAAUAGAAAGCGAAAAACCUCCUCAGCAUCUAAACAUAGAACAAAACUGUCACAUGUCUCUAAGGAGUUGCUCUCCUGUGACAUAAAGGAUGUGGUCUCAAAAAGAAAUGGAGGUAUUAAUGUGCAAAGUCAUGCCAGAAAAGAGCAAGAAAAUCAGUUGAGUGGAUAUGUGGAUGCCUAUAAUUGUUCAGCAGACCUAUUUCACCAAAGCAGCCUGAACAUUUUAGAUGCGGUUGAGAGCGCCGUCUCUGACGCUGAUUCAAACACGCGAGACCGUCUUACUGAUAUCAACAUAUCUGAGCCUAAUAUUUCGAGUUUCCAUUUUGCGCCUUCUCUGCAGUCAACUCCUAUUGGGGAUCCAUCCAUCCAGUGCGCGUAUGGACUGCGGAGUAAACUCAGCAAAAAAUGGUCAGGCAUGCAUUGGUCUAAGAAAAGAAUUACUCGUACAAGCCAUAUCAGAGUUCUGCAAAACCACACUAAUAACAGACAAGGGUUGCAGGUGGUAAAAUCUGAAUUUAAUCAUACUGAUUCUGCUCUCGAAACCUCUGAAAGUUCAGCAGGUGGCUAUGAGCUGAAAGUGGAUAUGAAACACACGCCUGGAGACUCUGCUUUACCCACCGCCACUAAUGACUACUCCAGAGACCUUUUUGAUCCUUCCUUCUGAGCACUGAUUAAGAUUUUUUUGUUCUGAAAUCUAAUCAUUGCUUCUUUGUGUUUGUACAAAAUGACCGAAUAUUAUUGAAGAGAGUUUGAGAAUUGUAAGAAAAUACAUUUCAGAGGUUUGUUGUUUCCCUAGUAAUUGAGUUUGUAACAAAGUUAUGAAUGCUGUAUGUCUUGUUCAUUUGUAAAAGAAAAUAUUAUUUUUGGGGCGUAACAUGGCUCUGCUGCUUUGUUGCCACUUUGUUAGUCACUGUGCCACUUUGUUAACUAAAUAUUGUUAUACAUUCGGUGUAUAGUGAAAAUAUAUUCACGAAAAGUGAUAUGAUAUGUUGGUAAUAAGAAAGUACAUUUAAUUUUUAUUAGAUGACCAGAUUUCUGAGUCAUUUGAAUUUUGGCAAAGGACCUCUGAUGAUUUGUAGUUUAUUUGGAGAGAAUAUCAACUUGACAGAAGCAAAACCUGAUUCAUUGGUUAUUAUGCAGCUAAGAUUAAUCACUUGUGUUAAAAAUCAUGUAGUAUUGUAGUACAGGCCUUGCUAACAUAAUACAAAUAAAUAUAUAUAUAUAUAUAUAUAUAUAUAUAUAUAUAUAUAUAUAUAUAUAUAUAU